ACAUAACUUAUUUCACGGUCGAGCCAGUCGUGAAUGACAAACUCACUACAACAAAGUACAUGAAAGAGUAUAUAGGGCAUUCUAACGGCAAAUACUUCUUGAUCUUUCAUCACAAUGUCUAUUCGUUCGUUUACCAUCAUAUUUUUCUUAGCUGUAACUGCUCUUAUUACAGUUACUAGUGCUGAACGGUAUAGUGGUCGAAGAGCUGCUGAAUAUGAAAAUUCAAUUUGUGAGCCAAAUAAGAAGCAUUUAGACUUGGAUGGUUGUGGAGAAUGCAUCUGUAAAUCCCAUGGCUAUGGUAGUUUAUGUGAACAUGUAACAUGUUCUAGAAUUUAUAAAAGACCAAUACAUGAACGAGAAUGUACUCCAUUUGAGGAUUUCAAUACCUAUUGUCAUUAUUGCAAGUGUUCAGCAAGUGGAAUCCCUAUGGACUGUAGGGAAAAAAGACUUGGAUGCAUGGAUGAGUUUAUGGAACGUGAGGAAGCUAAGAGAUUUGAAAGAAUAUCAGCUAGAAGGAUGCGAAAGAAAACUAGACAAAGUAAAAGCAAUAGCAGACGAUUUUACAUUUAGGUUAUUAAUUUUAGUAUGAAUCAACAAGAUCGUCAUUGACAUGUAGAAUAAUGUAAUACAGAAGCUAAAUAAAAUUAAUGCUCUUGAAUAGAUAAA